UAUGUAUUUAUUUUGUCUCCUUAAAAUAUGAUUGGUCAAUAGAAUCGAUUGUUUACGUGUUGAUGAUGUUUUUUUUUAAUAGUUGGGAGAAGGAUGAUUUCAUUUUUCUUAUUGUUAUUGGAAAAAAACCAUUCAAGAACAAUCGUUUGAUAUAUAAAUCAGAUGAUGUUUCUAUACUUUACUCCUUUUCCUCCCCCACUUCUUUUUUUUUCUUUUUUUUUCGAUUUGAAUUUAUUUUUUGCUAUUUAUUUCAUUCUCUUCUUUGUUUAUCAUAAUGUGUUCAACUACCACCAAACAUGGUAUGCCAAAGAUGCAUCAUUCUCAAUCGUUUUGUACCUGUUGCGGAGUUGAUAUCUCCAGAUUUAGUCAUGAAUUCUGGUGCCGUUAUUCUCGUUAAUGAAAGAUUGAUUUCUUUCUUUUAUGCAUGUAUAUUACUUCUUUCCUUUGUCUCUUUUUAUAUUAUGUAGAUAUGAUCCUUUUCUUUCCAUUCCUAUCUUUUUGAUUAGGCAAACCUUGUAUAUGACUUUUUUAUUAUUAUUAUUGUUAUUCUUAUAUAUAAUUGAUUGAUACCCUCCCUUUUUGUUUUUCUG